UUCUUUAUACAUCAUCGUUGUUUUCUUUCUUUUUUUUUAAUCAAUUUGACAAACGAUAAACAAAACAAGAAUAAAAUGCAAAAUAAUAUAUUGAUACGUUACUUUAAGAAAUUAUGAGAACAAGCUUGCAAAAUCGUAAAAAAGUGAAAUUGGGAAAUGAAAUCUGUAUGAUUUUGUAAACUUUGGAGAAAUGAUAAUCUUAAUGAUUUUGUGUGCUUUAAUGCAUAAUUCGUUUGCUGAGUGGAAAAACCUUUUUCCAUACGGUUUUGCAAAUGGAGAUAGAAGACAUUGUAGUGAUGACGUAAUGGAGUUUCAGUUACAACAACCUAUGCUUUUGUUCUCAAAAGAGGCGAACAAAAUUUAUAUUGAUAAGAACGGAUUAAUCACAAUGAUGAAGCCACCUGUAAAGAAUGUUGUGUUGUCAAGUUCAAUAACCAGCUUUGCAGUUUACCACAAGCCUCUUGAUAAAUGUAGCAGGGGCGACAUAUUUUACAGAGAAUCUUAUAAUACAACCAUCCUCAACAAAGCGAGUUCAUUCAUUCGUCUGUACUCAAAUCAAAGUUACGAUAUUGCGCAAGCUGUUUUAAUAACCUAUGAGAAUGUUUACUCAACAGAAAAUCCGAACGAGUUAAACACAUUUCAAGUCGUUUUUGUUACAGACAGGUAUUAUACAUUCGCCAUUAUAAAUUAUGCUGAUUUGGAAUCAAAUAAUGCGAUUGUUGGUUCUUCUGAGCCGUUUUGUAGUUGGAAGGAAUUUAUAGAUUCAGAAAAUAGCAGUCAGUUAGCUUCUACAUCGAAUAUCAAUGUAACAGGCGUUCAUGUGUAUGAAAUGACAAAAACAUGCAAAAUAAUGAGUUUUUAUCCGUAUUACAGCAGCUUUGGUGUAAACACCGAUCUUAUAGACUCUGGAGUUGGAAUGAAAUAUUAUCAAUCAAAUUUGGUAGGAGUCUUUCAUUUAUACGAAACAUCCACAGCUGAAAUUCGUGAAAUGUUGCUCGAGUUUCACUUCCUAAGAGGCGAUGAGUCUGCAAUCGGUCGAUAUCGCGAAGUAUAUGAUACCAACACACUCAACCGUGCCACAAAUGAAAUUCGUCAAGCCACUGGAAGUAACUUUACAGCCCAACGCGCCUAUCUGCUUUCAAUGACAGAAUUCAAAUUGUCCCAACCAACUGAUGUUAGUUAUCCACCGACAUUACAAGUUUUAGUCGCACGUGACACCGAUCUGGUUUAUGCGACUUUUGUUUUUCACAAGCCAUAUGAUGUGAUGACAGAAAGCCAUAAUUAUGAUUAUCCAAAACGUACUAUAUACAUGCAAAAUGAUUGGUUAAAAACAUGGCUUCUUUACAACAAGGAUUUGUAUUCUGCUGGCGCCUAUGUUCUGCCGAUACCUUUAAAUGCCAAAAAGAUUGAACUUUACCCAUAUGGUGAACAGAGCGGAGAUGAGACAAAACCCAGCGAGGAUUACCACGCCUUCAAUAGAUCUUUAAUGGAUGAAGUUGAAAAUGAAAUGACUCUUUUUAAGAAAUCAUAUUCACCUUUGAAUGCCAUAAAACGGGUAGCAUUUCCUAACAUGAAGGAAGGGUUUUACAUCGCAUGCUCAAGUAGAAGACGCAUUUUAGAUCUUUUUAACUUAACGUAUAGAGAGACGAGUGAUAAUUUCACCCUUUUAAAAGCCACACAAGACAUUAGGACUGCUCACAAUUUAAAUUUUUAUCCAACCAAAUGCGUCGUUAUUACCAUGAACGUAGGUUUUCCAAUCAACAACGUGUUUCAAAUCGUGUUUGCUAUAAACGGGGAAACCAUAUACAGCAUUACUAGAACUCCUUACAAAUGGGGAUAUUUUCAGUACUAUGUCUAUUACAAGUACUGCAAGUUUUUUGGUCACGCAACAAAAAACGACAUGAAAGCAUCUGUCUCCUUGGUUACAAGAAGAAAGUGCCCUAAACCAGUGACAUACCCAUUCGAAGGAAGAUAUGGUUACACUCAUUCAACUGGCAGAUUCCAUACAUUUUCCUAUUACACGCAACGACCUGUGCCUUUUUUUACUUUAAUGCGUGAAAAGCUUUUUGUCAAUGCAAAAGGGUUUGUAUCAAAUGAAGAGAGUUUAUCAACAGAGACAACUGUGAUGUCUUUCUAUAAAGGUACUAUUAGCAAGGCUCUCACAACGGAAUACUCUGAAAGCUAUCGGAUUCUACAACAGGCUAGCAAAGAUGUUCAAGCAUUCUCAUCAAACAAUUUUACAGCAAAACACGCUUUUCUUAUUGUGACUUCUGACUUUGGGGAAGGCAAUUACGCUCAACUGGUUUUAGUUACCGACAAAAAUCAAACGUAUGCCAUUUUGAAUUAUGAAGGAGAAUUGAUCAACGAAGGCUACGUUGGCUACUACGAACGCUUAUGCAUAGGGAAGACAUACGCAGCAGGAAAUGAGAGUAAAAAGUUGGUUUUCACUUCAAACAUCAAUGUACCUGGACGACAUGUGAUAAGACUCACACCCGAUAGAUGUAGCAAAACAAGUUUGUUCCCGUACGGCAGUGCUGCGAAUGAUACAAAGAUGAAGAGAGGCGAUAAUAUUGCAGAGAAAGUUGUUUUAAAGACUCCUGUUCCUUUUUAUACAAAAAUGGAGGACACCUUUUAUAUCAGCGUGAACGGUUUGAUAUCAAUUGGAAUUCCGGUUACGUGGAAAUUACCUAAAACUGCUAACUUUAAACUUUAUCCAGGAAACAAAUAUCUCUACCCAGGUAAUGUAUUAACGCCAUAUCAUACAAACUUGGAUACUACACACAGUGGCGCUAUAUACUACAGAGAAACGCAAGAACCAGACAUCAUUUCCAGCAUCAAUACCGACCUUAAUUCUUUUUUCAACUUCUCUUCCACUCGCUAUGCUUUCAUUGUGACUUAUAUUGAUGUUCCAAAACACAAUGCUCAACAUGAAAAAAAUUCUUUUCAAAUCAUACUUGCGCAUGAUGGUGUAAACCAUUCUUAUGUGAUGUAUAAAUACACGCAACUAAACAGUGUGGAUGUCCAUCCUGUUCUCCUGUCGAUGGAAUAUUGCUUGGUAGUAGAAACAGAACAAUUUAUAAAGAGCGCAACAUCUCUUGUCAGAGCUUCUAACACUAAUGAACAAGGAAAAAUUAUAGCAAAAAUACAAGAUGGUGGAUUAUGUGAUCAAUACAGCGAUGCGGUCAACAAUCCAGAUGGGAAACCAGAAGCCUUUCAACUACUCAAGUUAGGAUAUGAUUUUGCAUCUUUCGUUUGGAAAAAAGCAAUGAAUCAUCCUCAGCAAAUCAUGACAUUCAAAAAGGGCGAUUGGGAAGGAAAGUCAAGUAAUUCCUGCCCUGGUGAACUUUCAAGUUAUAUGGAAGUUCUUUACCUACGAAUCAAUCAAACAUACCAUGUGGAACUUCUGACAGAAUCCGGAUCAAGCAAUUUAGAACUUUCAACCAAAAAUAAGUUAGACGCUGUUAAAGACGUGCAUUUUACUCAAGAUGGCACCAAAGCUACGAUGGAUUGGAACAUUGAAUCCCACUUAAUUGCCGAAAUCUCUGGUUUCUACUUUUCUUUGACACACAGAUCAACUGAUAACGAUGAGUUAAUAAAACUUAACUUUACGAGUUUUGAUGUAACAUAUUCGUUCAAUGGAACAAUAGGUUCUGUUCAUUAUUUUGAAAUCACGACAUGGCUUCACAAUCAAGCUAGUUCUGUUAAAAAUGCAACGUACACCUUUACAGAAGAAUCAAAAUCGGAUGUAUCAGAGUUGAUCAUUAUUAUAUCAUUAUCCAGCGCAGCCUUCGUGAUCAUUCUUGUUUUGACUGUACUGUUCUAUUACAAAAGAAAAAAAGCUAAAAGAAAAGCCAACAGAUUUUUAUUAUCACAUGGCUCGAACAAGAUUGAUCCAGAUCGAAGUAUUCUUGAACAAUGCAACAAUCUAUACUACGAUCCAAAAUUUGAAUUUCCAAGGCAUAACAUUUAUUUGUUAAAAGUUCUUGGAGAAGGCACGUUUGGCCAAGUUUGGAUGGCUUCUGCAGCAGGCUUAGAAUGGUUUCGUCCAAGGGCAAAUAAAACAAAAAAGAGCGCUAUUAAAAAGGCUUUGUCUACAAGAAGAAGUAAAAAGGUCGUAGCCGUAAAAACGUUAAAAGGAAAUGCUACAGACGCAGAAUACAAAGAUCUGGCAAACGAAUUAAAGCUGCUGAUACACAUUGGCGAACAUAGAAAUAUUGUGAAUUUGCUAGGUGCUUGCACAAAGGGCGAAGAUUUGUUAGUUUUGCUUGAAUAUUGUGCAAAUGGAGCUUUGCUCAGUUACGUUCGGUUGCAUCGUGAUGAUUUUGAAUUGAACUGGCAUCGUCUUGAAAGUAAAGAAGUAAACUGGUAUCAGUUAACUUGGAUUGGUGUGCAAGUAGCUGAUGGAAUGAACUUUCUGGAACAACAUAACUGUGUUCAUCGUGAUCUCGCUGCUCGAAACGUUCUCCUUAAUGAUGAGAUGGUGGUAAAAGUCGCUGAUUUUGGUCUUGCAAGGGAUACUACCGGAGAAAAUUAUUACAAAAAGGAAUCUGAAGGGAUGCUCCCUAUGAAAUGGAUGGCACCUGAAGCAAUUGUUGACCAGAAGUAUACUUCGAAGAGUGACGUGUGGUCAUAUGGUGUCCUUCUGUGGGAAAUGUUUUCACUAGGUUUGGGCCCGUAUCCAGGGAUUCAGAAUGAAGAUGUUUUGAAAUACAUUAAAACUGGUAGAAGAAUGGAAAAGCCAAAAAACUGUCCUGAUGAUGUGUACGAAAUAAUGCUUCAAUGCUGGUCUGUUGCAGUUGACCUCCGACCAACAUUCAUUAACCUUAGAAACAUGAUGGACGGUAUCUUGUUGAAAAAUGAAGAAAGCUUUCACUCGAAACACACCAUGGCCAGUUUAUAUAAAAUCAAUUAUGCUCCGAAAAAACAAACAAAUUCAAAUCCUAGAUAUACCAACACCUUGCCAGUACAACCUGCAAAAACCGAGACGAAUGAAAUAGAGAAUGAAGACUUGUAUUUGACACUUGGUGCUGAUGGCGAAGCUCCAUCAACUGAAACAAAAGAAACACUCAAGAUGGCGGUGUUAGAAGAAAAUGAUGAAAACUAUAUCGUUCCUGAGAAUAUGGCGUGUGAUACUGACAGUUUAUACUUGGUGAUGAACAAAGAAAUAGAAUGAUUACAUUCUCAAUAUUCUACGUGAGAAUGCCAGGACGUCCAACCUUGUCAAUUUAAUAGCUUACAAAUGACAAUGCAAUGUAAAAUAACGAUUUAGUAUGUCAUACGCGUUUUCUAAGGAUAGUAGUAAACGACACACAUGUUUCAAACUUUUGGAAAAGCUGUCCAAAGCUAUACGCUUUUAUCUUUUAUCUUAUAAGCAACAAGAGGUUGAAAUCCUUCAAAUACAAAGCAACUGAUAAGCAACAGCCAAGCUUUAAUUGGGUAAAUGAAAAAGAAGGGAAAAUAUAGAGAACGAUAUCCCAAGACAUGUUUUGUUAAAAGUUGCGUUAUUUUCGUUUAGAAAAGUUGAUUAAAACUAAAUAAUUUUGAUCGGCGCAGUAGCCUAACUAAGCAAGGAAUCUGUUCAUGUAGUCAGGCAGAUAGCUAAUGAGCCGAGCCUUUAAAAGAGAGAAAUUAUGUAGGUUGUAAGUUUCUUUUAUUUUUCUCUACGUGAGAGGGGUCAGAAUAAUGUAACUGUGUUGUUUUUUAUCUAAGGGUUUGCACUAAAAAAACUUGUGUGUAAAUUUAGAGAGAAAAAUAGAUAAAAGUAUUUAUCUAAUAA